AUGGCUUCGAACGAGAGUCCUGCUUCGGCAGUCGGUAUUGCCGACGGUCUUGCGCCGUCCCACACCUACGUGCCUAACGAAGGCUACAUGAACCCCGAUAACGCAGACUCCGCUGAGGCGGGGCAAGAUCUGCCCGAAAAUUACGAAGAAGGCGAGGAGGAUGAGGACUACGAUGAUAUUUUCGAGGAGGAAUUGGAUCGCGAGGACAUUCUCUCCUCCGAUAACACCGAUCUCACCAAGGCCUACAACCGUCAGCGCAGAAUCAACGACCUCGCUGCCGACUCCAGCGUGCCGAAAUGGACUUACCCUAAAACGAACACUCAGAAGCCUACCGUGAACACCUCGGCCUUCAUCGAUGACCAAGUCAAGUCUCUCACCCGCCAUGCAGGAAAGAUCAAGCUCGACGACCAACAGGCUGGUAUCUCGGGCCGCGCUGAGAAGGGCGGAGACAAGGCCGACCGAGCCACCUCAGAACAGGUGUUGGACCCCCGCACACGCAUGCUGUUGCUGCAGAUGAUCAACAGAGGCCUUGUGUCAGAAAUCCACGGAUGUUUGUCUACAGGAAAGGAGGCCAAUGUCUACCAUGCCAUGUCUGUCUCUCAGGAUGACGAUGAGGCUCCCCCACUACACCGCGCUAUCAAGGUUUACAAGACGAGCAUUCUGGUCUUCAAAGACCGUGAUAAGUACGUCACCGGAGAGUUCCGUUUCCGUCAAGGAUACAACAAGAGCAACAACCGCGCCAUGGUCAAGCUGUGGGCCGAGAAGGAAAUGCGCAACCUCCGCAGAAUCUAUGCUGCAGGCAUCCCCUGCCCCGAGCCCCUCUACCUCCGUCUGCAUGUCCUAGUUAUGGGCUUCAUUGGUAGCUCUAAGGGUCUGGGUGCUCCUCGUCUUAAGGAUGUUGAGUUUAGCAUUCCCGAGCCCGACACUCGUUGGCGCGAACUGUACAUGGAACUGUUGGGCUACAUGCGAGUCAUGUACCAAACCUGUCACUUGGUUCACGCUGAUCUGAGCGAGUACAACAUUCUCUACCAUAAGGAGCGUCUAUAUAUCAUUGACGUUAGUCAGAGUGUUGAGCACGACCACCCGCGCAGUUUGGAAUUCCUGCGCAUGGAUAUCAAGAACGUCAGUGACUUCUUCCGCCGAAAGAACGUUAUGACUCUUCCUGAGCGCACCGUAUUCAAUUUCGUCAUUUCCCCCCAAGGCCCGACUGAAAUCGCUGCCGGAAAUGAUGAUAUGACCAACGCCAUUGAAAAGCUUCUCGUGGCUCGCGAAGAGGGCACAGAUGAACAGCAAGAGGCCGAGGAUGUUGAUACUGCGGUUUUCCGUCAACAAUAUAUCCCUCAAACACUGGAGCAAGUGUAUGAUGUUGAGCGUGAUACCGAGCGUAUCCGAGAUGGUAAGGGCGAUGACCUUAUCUACGGAGAUCUCCUUGCAGGUGGGAAGAAAAAGGAGUCCGCGGAUGCUGAGGUAGAUGCUGAAUCCGACGCAAGUGGCGGUGUCUCAGUCUCAGGAUCCGACUCUGACGAUGAAGAGGCCGAUCCAUUCGCCAAGAAGGCCCCUCGGGGAAAGCGUUUCGAAGACAAAGAUUCCAAGCGCGACCACAAGGCAAAGGUGAAGGAAGAGAAGCGCGAGCAGCGGGCGAACAAGAUGCCAAAGCACCUCAAGAAGAAGCUGGUCUCCUCUUCUUCUCGGAAGAAGCACUAA